UUUUACUAAAACAGCAUUCAGAGAAACCAUGGAAUCUGGUACCCUCAACAACAUUUUUUCUAAACCAUCCUUAUGUUAAAAUUAGUAUCAAUUUACCCAAAAUUCGAUUUUCACGCUCUAAUAUCCAUGAUUAUAAAAGUUACUUAACAGAUGAUGGGGAUAUGGCAUCUUGUCCCAAAACAGACUUUAUUAGUGAAGUUCUAAAAACUUCUAAUGUAACACCUAAAGUGUUUUCAUUCAAUUUCAUCUCUGCUUAUUUUGAACAAUUAAUAUCCAUCAUGGCGAAAUAUAACGUUAAGAAUUGCUUAUUGAUUCAAAGCAUCAUGAAUGAGUAUUUAAGGGAUAUUAAGGACUGUAAUAUAAAUGGAUGCACGAUGGCAUCACCUUUUAUGGUAACUUUUAAUAUUGGGAAAAAUGUUUAUGUUCGUAAUAAAAAAACUGUUGCUUGUGCUAGCAAAAGCAAAAACAAAAAUGUAAUACAUUUUUGCCAAAUCCUAACUCCAAAAGUCGCAUUUUCACUCGAAGAAUUUAACGUUGCAGAAACCGGAAGCACAAAUACUUUUAUGGAUUUAAAUUCAAUGGACAAAUUACUUAAAAUGGGGUCUAAACUAUAUUUACAAGUUCUUAAUAAUUGCGUUACGCUUAGUUGUACGUUGUGCAAUAAAGUAUAUCAAGGAGAGCAUUGCUAUUCUGAAUGUAUGGACCAUUUCGGAAUUGUACAUAAAGGCGAACAAGAAGUUGUAUGUUUUAAAUGUCGCAACAAGUUUGAUGUACCCAAUUUGGCAUCGACAAGAUGGUAUCAUAAUUGCCAAACAUAAGUAAAAGAAGAUUAAGUGAUGAUUAGUGUAAGAGUUGAUGAUAUAAUAAGGUUAAGUUUUAUACAUUGUUAAGUAAUAAAGAUUGUUUUGAACCCU